UGGAGUAGUGUGACAUGAUAUCCACCAUGCUACCUUAGCCACCAUGUUUGUGCAGGUUAAGCCUUGCUUUUUACCUCAGUUUUAGGGUAAGCUAGUUGUGUCUGUAGCGCUCACAGUUCACAGCCGGUUGAAGUGGGUUUAAUGCCCAACUGUCAAGCCUUCAAAUUCUCCAAACCUAAUUACUCAUGUCACCUGCUCUACAUUGUCGAGCUGCUCAGAGGGUGUGAGUCAGACACGUAUGUAACAAAAACGUCUUAUAUCCGGGUCUUGUAUUUCUUCUUAUGUAACUAAGUCAAAAUUAUUUUGUAGGUGUUUUAGCUGAAAUGUUGUCUUGCAGAGUGACAACAACUAUACAGGUACAUUUUUUGCUCAUGGAUGACGAUCAUUUAGGCUCUUAUUGUGAUCAAACCUGUGACCCCUCUCCACCACAGGGCAGUCUUUUCUCUCCACCUGACUUCACCCCUUUUCUCUCCAGCAGAUAUACCCCUAAAUCUCCCUCAAAAUGGAUGACUGUUGUCUUUUUCUCUGCCUGCCCAUGUUGAGCUGGGAGAUUAGAGCAAUCAGAUUAGGAGUGCUGCUGACCUGCAGGCAGAGGAGAGAGAGUGGGCAGCUAGGAGUCAUACCGAGCUCUCCUAUCUUGCUGUUUUCCACUACUUCAGCUGAACCUGUUUCUCUAGAUGUCGUACGACUUUUAUAUCUUUCCAUAAGAGGUAAGGAACAGCUUUGUUCUUUUGUUGACAAAAUAGGAUGUGCUGUAAGAUGAUGUACGAGCUGACAGGUUUGUCACAGUCUGAUGACCCCUUCCAGGGGUAAAGCUGCGGAGCAAUGAAGACAGGCUCUCAAAUCCGCCUGUUACUGUGGAAAAACUGGACUCUCCGCAAGAGACAGAAGGUUCGCUUCCUGGUUGAGAUCUGCUGGCCUGUGUUGUUAUUCAUCGGUCUGGUGUGGCUGAGGAAGGCCAAUCCACUGUACCAACAACAUGAAUGUCAUUUCCCCAACAAGGCCAUGCCUUCAACAGGGAUUCUGCCCUGGAUCCAGGGCAUCUUCUGCAACGUCAACAACCCCUGCUUCAGAUAUCCAACCAGAGGAGAGUCUCCGGGCGUCGUCUCCAACUAUAACAACUCAGUAUUGGCACGGUUCUACGUUGAUGUCCAAGAGCUUCUGCUACACGAGACGGAGGUCCAGCAGCUCGGCCGUCUUUGGCGUGACAUUUCGUCCUUCUCAAACUUCAUGGAAACGUUGCGCAACAACCCAUCUAUGGUGUCAGGUCGUGGGCUGAAGAUAGACGAUAUUCUGAAGGAUGACGAGGUUCUCACAUCCUUCCUUUUGCGGGACGCCGGCCUUUCGGAGUCUUUAGUCUACCAGCUCGUCAAUGCAGAACUACGACUAGAACAGUUUGCCUUUGGUAUCCCAGACCUGCAGCUGAAAGACAUAGCCUGCAGCCAGGCCCUGCUGGAGCGCUUCAUCAUCUUCCCCAGUCGCAUGGGGCUCCAUGGCGUCCGCAACGCCAUGUGUGCCCUCAGCCAGCAAAAGCUGCAGCAAAUAGAGGACAUCCUCUAUGCUAAUCUGGACUUCUUCAAAAUCUUUAAACUGAUGCCUCAGGUUAUUGACAGAAGCUCCGAGGGGAUUGACCUGCAGUUAUGGGGUCGGGUUCUUAAGGCGACGUCGGAGAAGAUCCAAGUUCUGAUGGCGCGGGAGAGCUCUCAGGAGCUCCUGAAGGCAGUUUCCUCUCUGUUUCAAGCCGGGGGUCCCGCUUCAUUCACCCAGCUGAUGUCCAGUGUGUCCAGCCUCUUCUGUGGAUACCCAGAGGGAGGCGGCUCCAGGGUCCUGUCCUUCAACUGGUACGAGGACAACAACUACAAGGUGUUUCUGGGGGUCAACGCCACCAAGAACUACAACUAUGUCUAUGACGACUCUGCCACUCCCUCCUGCAACGCCCUGAUGCAGACCCUGGAGGCCAACCCUGUCACAAAAAUUGUGUGGAAUUCAGUGAAGCCCCUGGUGAUGGGAAAGAUCCUGUACACCCCCGACUCCCCUGCCGUCCACAAGAUAUUAAAGAGUGCCAACACAACAUUCGAGGAGUUGGAGAGGUUGCAGAAUAUAUUGAAGGCCUGGGAGGAAAUGGGACCUCAGCUCUGGGCUUUCUUCCACAACAGUGUCCAGAUGAACAUGAUCAGGGACACGCUGAGAAACCCGACAGUGAUGCACUUCAUGGACAACAGUCUGGAAGACACUGAGUUUACCACCAAACACAUUCUUAACUUCCUGUACAACGGCCCAGAGGAAUACAGGGAGGCGGACAUGCCCAGCUUUGAUUGGAGGAACAUUUUCAACAUCGCCGACCAGAUUGUACGCAUAGUCAACAAGUAUGGAGAGUGCAUCAAGCUGGAUAAAUUUGUGCCUUACACGGAUGAGUCCCAGAUGACCCAUCAGGCCUUGUACCUGCUGGAGGAGAACAAGUUUUGGGCCGGCGUGGUCUUCAUGGACAUGUAUCCCUGGACUACCAGCGUACCCCCGCAUGUCAAGUACAAGAUCCGCAUGGACAUUGACGCAGUUGAGCGCACCAACAAGAUCAAAGACAGGUACUGGGACCCAGGCCCCAGAGCAGACCCCAUGGAGGACCAGAGGUACAUCUGGGGAGGCUUCGCCUACCUGCAGGACAUGAUUGAGCACGGCAUUAUCAAGCUUCACACGGGCAAAGACUGGCCGCUCGGGGUCUACGUCCAGCAGAUGCCGUAUCCGUGCUACGUAGAUGACCUCUUCAUGAUCACACUGAACCGCUGCUUCCCCAUGUUCAUGGUGCUGGCCUGGAUCUACUCUGUGUCCAUGACUGUGAAGAGCAUUGUGCUAGAGAAGGAGCUGCGCCUCAAGGAGACUCUCAAAGCCAUGGGGGUCAACAACGGAGUCAUCUGGUACACGUGUUUCAUCGACAGCUUCGUCAUGAUGACGGCGAGCACGGCGCUGCUCACCUCCAUCAUCAUGGGUGGAAAGGUGCUGAAUUACAGCAAUCCUGUCCUUGUCUUCUUUUUCCUGCUGACUUUCACCGUCGCCACCAUCAUGCAGUGUUUCCUGAUGAGCGUGUUCUUCAACAAGGCCAACCUGGCAGCCGCCUGCAGCGGCAUCAUCUACUUCACCCUCUAUCUGCCGCAUAUCCUCUGCUUCGCCUGGCAGGACCGCAUCACCACGAAAAUGAAGAUGGCUGCUAGCUUGUUGUCUCCAGUAGCCUUUGGCUUCGGGACAGAGUACCUGUCGCGGUAUGAGGAGCAGGGUUUGGGUCUGCAGUGGGACAACAUCAUGACCAGUCCGUUAGAGAAGGACACCUACUCCUUCCUCACCUCUAUCUUCAUGAUGGUGUUUGAUGCCGUCCUCUACGCCGUCCUGGCCUGGUAUCUGGAUAAUGUCUUCCCAGGACAGUAUGGCAUUGGUCGACGAUUCUACUUCCCAUUCCAGCCCUCAUACUGGCGAACACCCACACCCUCAUACACAGAAACGGCUGGUCAAGAUCCGGAGAAACCCGAACCAGACAACGUGGAGAAGGACGCUGAGAGCAGGGGCACACCGGAGACAUACACCUGUAAUGGUUCAGCCAGCAGGAAAGCCUGUAAGCACCAACGUAAGAGGGAUCAGCUGGAGAGAGAGAGGGAGCUGCGGAGACGACAAGAGGAACCUCCAACCCAGGAGGAGGAGUGUCAGGAAUCAGGGACCGAAGGUCAGUUGUUCUUUGAGCCCGACCCCGUGGGCCUGGUGUUGGGGGUGGAGAUUGAGGACCUGGUGAAGGUGUUUGAUGGAAGUUCCCGUCCAGCUGUCGACUGUCUCAACAUCAAUUUCUAUGAAGGCCAGAUCACAUCCUUCUUGGGGCACAACGGGGCUGGAAAAACCACCACUAUGUCCAUCCUGACCGGCCUGUUCCCUCCUACAUCUGGCACAGCCUACAUUAAUGGAAGCGACAUUAGGACUGACAUGGACACCAUCCGCGUUUCCCUAGGGAUGUGCCCUCAGUACAACAUCCUCUUCAAUCAUCUCACAGUGGAAGAGCACAUCCUGUUCUACUCACUGCUGAAGGGUCGGACUCAGGAGGAGGCAGAGAAGGAGGUUGAAGACAUGCUGGUGGACCUCGGGCUGCCUCACAAGAGAGAUGACGAGGCUCAGAACCUCUCAGGUGGUAUGCAGAGGAAACUGUCAGUUGCCAUGGCAUUUGUUGGAGGGUCAAAGGUCGUGUUCCUGGACGAACCCACCUCAGGAGUGGACCCAUAUUCCAGGAGAUCCAUUUGGGACCUCCUGCUGAAAUACAGAGAUGGCCGGACAGUGAUCCUAUCAACUCAUCACAUGGACGAAGCCGACCUGCUGAGCGACCGCAUCGCCAUUAUCUCCAAAGGACAACUCCACUGUUGUGGAUCCCCCCUCUUCCUCAAGAAUUGUUUUGGAGUUGGUUUCUAUUUGACACUUGUUCGCCGGAUGAAGGAUUUCAAGAAGAAGGAGAAUGAUUGUGACUGUGCCUCAGACUGCUCCUGUUCCUGCUCCAUCUGUACUAGUUACAAAGAUCAGUCUCACAACCCCUUGCAGCAUCUAGACAGAGUUCUGGAUGGGGAUAUAGACAGCAUCACCAGCCUCAUCCACCACCACGUCCCUGAAGCCAAGCUGAUCGAGAUGAUUGGCCAGGAGUUGACCUAUCUGCUCCCCAACAAGGGCUUCAAACAUCGAGCGUAUGCCAGCCUGUUCAGGGAGCUGGAGGAGACGCUUGGUGACAUGGGCCUCAGCAGCUUUGGCAUCUCUGAUACAUCACUAGAAGAGAUCUUCAUAAAGGUCACUGCCGAUGGAGAAGCAGCGAAUAAUGCCACCACUCCUGAACAGUGGAUGUUACAGCGGAGAAAAGACGACAGCAAAGUUGGUGUAGAGGGAGAUAAAGAACAUAACGGUGUGACGCAGUCUAACGGCACUGCCCGCGGUGCAUCAGACAGCAGUGAAGGAAAAGGCUCCAGGCAGGUGAAAGGGGCCUCUCUGAUCCUGAAGCAGUUCUAUGCGCUGAUAGUGAAGAGGUUUCACCACGCCAUACGGAGCCAGAAAGACUUCCUGGCACAGAUCGUCCUUCCUGCCAGUUUUGUCCUAAUAGCUCUGAUCUUCACCAUGAUCGUCCCUCCAUUCGGAGAAUAUCCCAGUCUGACUCUGACGCCCUGGAUGUACGGACAGCAGUUCACCUUCUUCAGUAACGAGCAACCAUUCGACCCCACAAUGAAACGCUUCACAGAUCGCUUACUGAACAGGCCAGGCCUGGGGACACGCUGCAUGGAAGGAGAACCACUAGGAAUGACCUGUAGUAACAGUACAACAGAGUGGGAGAAUCCCAACGUCUCUCCUGUGGUCAGCAACAUCUUACAGAGUCCAGAGUGGAACCAGAGAAACCCGUCUCCCUCCUGCCAGUGCAGCACCAGUAAGAAGCUCACCAUGAUGCCCAUCUGUCCCAUCGGAGCGGGAGGCCUGCCCCCUCGCCAACGAAUCGAGGCCACGGGAGACACGAUGCUGGACCUGACGGACAGGAACAUCUCUGACUACCUGGUUAAAACAUAUCCCAGUCUCAUCAGAACCAGUUUGAAGAGCAAAUACUGGGUGAAUGAACAAAGAUAUGGAGGUCUGUCAGUAGGAGGACAGCUUCCCAUCCUGGACGUCAACCCCGGAGACAUCCAGAAUGUUUUCCAUCAACUGGGACGAAUGCUCAACAUCACAGCGGGUUACUAUUCUGGACGUGCACUGAGGGAGACUGGUCCUUUCUUACGAUACAUGGAAAGUGAAUUCAAUAUAAAGGUAUGGUAUAAUAAUAAAGGCUGGCACGCCAUGGUGGCCUUCAUGAAUGUGGCCAAUAACGCCAUUUUACGGGCCUUCCUACCUCCGUCCGCCAAACCUGUCGAGUUCGGCAUCACCGCCAUCAACCACCCCCUGAACCUCACCAAGGAGCAGCUUUCUGAAGUUACAGUGUUGACCACUUCAGUAGACGCCGUGGUGGCGAUCUGUGUUAUUUUCGCCAUGUCCUUCAUCCCCGCCAGCUUCAUCCUCUACCUCAUCCAGGAGCGUGUGACCAAGGCCAAACACCUGCAGUUCGUCAGUGGGGUCAGCCCUUUAGUGUACUGGGUGGCCAACUUCUGCUGGGACAUGGUUAACUACUCUCUCAGUGCUGCAAUGGUGGUUGGCAUUUUCAUGGCUUUUGACAAAAAGUGUUACACAUCACCGUCCAACCUGCCAGCACUAAUAGCUUUGCUUCUACUAUAUGGGUGGUCGGUUACGCCCAUGAUGUACCCCAUGUCCUACCUGUUCAGCAUCCCAAGUACUGCAUACGUGUCCCUGUCCUGCAUCAACCUGUUCAUCGGCAUCAACACCAGCGCCAUCACCUUCAUCCUAGAGCUUUUUGAAAACAAUCGGUCUCUGCUGAUGUUCAACGAGUGGCUAAAGAAAUGCCUGCUGGUGCUCCCUCACUUCUGCCUGGGGCGAGGACUGAUAGACAUGGCCAUGAACCAGGCAGUGACUGAUGUUUAUGCCAGAUUCGGUGAAGAGUACACAAAGGACCCUUUCCGGUGGGACUUUGUGGGGAAAAAUAUUGCUUUCAUGGCAGUGGAAGGCUUUGUCUACUUUAUUUUCAAUCUUCUGCUCCAGUACCGGUUCUUCUUGGACCACUGGUUGUCAGACUACAAGCAGACUUCAAUACGAGAUGAGGACGAUGACGUGGCAGCAGAGAGGCAGAGAAUUCAUAAUGGAGGGAGCAAGACAGACAUCCUACACAUCAGAAACCUCUCUAAGACGUAUGUGGGCAGGAAGAGGGCAGCUGUGGACCGGAUUUGUGUGGGUGUCCCUGCAGGAGAGUGCUUUGGUCUCCUGGGAGUUAAUGGAGCUGGAAAGACGACGACCUUCAAAAUGCUGACUGGUGACACUGAUGUCAGCUCCGGGGAGGCCACUGUGGCUGGUUACAGCAUCCUGAAUGAGAUUCUGGACGUGCACCAGAACAUGGGCUACUGCCCUCAGUUCGAUGCAAUCGAUGAGCUCCUAACCGGCAGGGAGCAUCUGUACCUCUACGCUCGUCUCAGAGGGGUACCUGAGUCAGAGAUCCCCAGAGUGGCAGAGUGGGGCAUCCAGAAGCUGGGUCUGACAGAGUACGCCGGCCGCUUUGCAGGGACCUACAGUGGAGGCAACAAGCGCAAACUCUCCACAGCCAUCGCAAUGAUUGGUUGUCCGGCACUGGUGCUGCUGGACGAGCCCACGACGGGGAUGGACCCCCACUCCCGACGCUUCCUGUGGAAUGCCAUCAUGAGCGUCAUCCAGGACGGCAGGGCCGUGGUGCUAACAUCACACAGUAUGGAGGAGUGUGAGGCCCUCUGCACUCGACUGGCCAUCAUGGUCAAUGGGACUUUCAAGUGUCUGGGUACCAUCCAGCAUCUGAAAUACAAAUUUGGUGAUGGCUACGUAGUGACAAUGAAAAUCAAGGCAGCUAAAGCGGGCUUGUCCCCAGACCUGGAGCCUGUCGAGAGCUUCAUAGAGAGCAGCUUCCCCGGCUGCAUUCAGAGGGAGAAGCAUUACAACACGCUGCAGUAUGAGAUCGCCUCCUCCUCCCUAGCCAGGAUAUUUCAGCUGGUGGUGGCCAAUAAAGAAAGGCUCAGCAUCGAAGACUACUCUGUUUCCCAGACAACACUGGAUCAGGUGUUUGUCAACUUUGCCAAGCAACAGACAGGAGAGGACGACGACAUAACGUUACACAGACGAACUGCAGGUGCAAGAAAAGAAGUCAAGAUCUCCCCAAUGCAGAGGAAAACAUGAAAAUGUCACCUGUAAAUGUACAGAGACACAGAUGUAAAGGUUAUAUUUCACUAGCCAAAUUGCUUUUUAGAAUAGAGACGAGCCUAGCCAGUUAACCUGCCAAAGUGACUGGUAGAACAGUUCAUGUUUCCAGCCACAGACAAACUUUACAAGCCUUUGGCUGCAAACGGGAGUUAAUCUUCCACGAUAUCAAAAAACAAGUAUGUCCGACUCAUCACUUGGACAUGAAAUCAUAAGUGUUAACAGCAGAAACUGAUGCAGAAACAGCUGGUUCUUCAUCUGAAAUACGGAAAAGAAAGAUAUUUUUGCUUAGAUUGACUGGCUUGUAUAAAUGUGUACAUAUUCUGUGUGUAAUGAAUACUUAAGCACCUUAGAAGCAGUAUUUUUUUAUGUUUACAUUAACACACACACCUCAAUUUUAUGUGACACAUGUAAACAAAUGUUAUUUAAUGUUGGUUGUCUAUUUUUUUUCCAAAAAAAAAACAUAUUUAUUAUCGCGUCUUUUCUUUUCGGUCAUUCACUGUUGUAUAUUUAAGUAUUUCUUUGACUGCCCUGUUUCAUACAUUGCCAUGUUAUGUUGUUCUCCAGUGUCAGUACAAAAUAAUCUAAAAUAUUCCUCCUGAGGGAUUCAAAUUGAGAAGAAAAAGCUAAUUAGAUAAAUAUAGCUCUAGAUGAAGAGGAAUUAUAUUUUGUAUCUGACCAAAUAAAACUUAAAUAUGCUUUAUACUUCAUGCUCUUAACUAGCUGAUUUGUACUGAAUCAUCAGUCCCAAAUAAAACAGUCCCAAGUUUCAUAAAUGUA